AUCUAUGUUGUAAUAGUAGGCUGUCCAUGCUGAGAGAAUGAACAAUAUAUAAACCCUUGGUUUUAGAGGAGACUUCAGUUGCCUGGGUACUCCAUAGCAUUUUGACCAGAGAAUCCUCCUCUUGAGAGACAAUUUCAUCGCACAGAAUCUACAGACUUAGUAACAGAGUCCUACCAUUCCAAACAAUGGCAGAAGCUGACAUAGAAAUGGAUAACAUGGCUAAAGAUACUGAAGACACUAUAGAUGACAUUGAAAAAGACACUGAAGAUUUAUCAGAAGAAGAAAGAAGCAAAAUGGAAAAGAAAGCAGCUAAAGCCCGCAGAGAUGUUCAAGAGUUCUCCAGAGUUCGAGAGUUUUUAAAACCCCUCGCUGACAUGGCCAAAACAUACCUACCGAAGGUAGCAAUGUUUAUUGGGCAAAAUAUAGCUAUGGGUGUUAUCUUGUGGGGAGUAAAUAAGGUCCUCAACAAAACAUCCCACCAAGACCCCCAAAAAAGUUCAGAUGUGAAAAAGAAGGUUGCUGCCAUUAAUGCACUCAUCACUGUGAUCAAGACUCAAGGGGAUUUAGGUAAGAAGACCUUCGAGUGGAUGAAGGAGCACAAAGAUGAAGUAAUUACCUUGGAUGAGACUGAUGUGCCACUGGAAUCGGUGAUUUCAAAAUAUAUCACACCCAUAUCUGAGUCUGUUGAUGCAGCCUUCAAGAUAGCACAAAAGCUGAAGUACAAGUUGGAUGGAGAAGUUCAGUUCAAUAUCCCGACUGGAGAAGACAUGAGAGAAUUCCUUACAGCUGGUGAUGCAUUUCUCAAAGGCUACAGUGACCUGGUUGCCUUCAUCCCCACAAAGGUGCAGAAGAUUGAACAGCUGGCAACCUUUCCAGUGAAACAGGCAGACAUCGACCUUCUUACAACUCAGCUGAAAGAUGCCAAGCACUUACCUUUGUGGUAAAGAAAUGAGAUACCUUGAUUUGUGAUUACAAGACACAAAAGUCAGGUUGGUUUUCUCCAUAGUCUAGCAAUGACUGCAGUAUUUGGUGUCUGGUUUCUGAGUGGUAAAAAAUUUGGUGCCAAGAUUUAAUGUCAGGAAAGUUUUCAAUGUUGCAGACCUGAGUAGAUAUAUAGUGGUUAACUCUUGCAGCCAUCUUUUAUUCUUCUCUUUGACCAUGUUUUUCCUCUUCUUACAUAAUUUACAUUUCACACUCUAAGAUCUAAAUCUGUAAAAUAAAUUACAUGCAGGUACCUGCUCUAAACUCUUUUACUAACAGCAUUCAGUGUAAGAAAGUGCUUAAAGAAUUAAAAAUCUUUUUUUUUUAAAUGCUCCAAAAUGAUGGAGCUGUAGGAGAUAUUGGUUAAUUACAGUUAAUGAGGUGUUGGGUUAUAUUGCAGGUAUGAUUCUGUGAGCAGUAUGUCUGCAUGGGAAGCUUGCUCUCUAGAUUUAUGGAUUUGAGCAGAUAGAGCUUUGUUAUGAUAUAAUAUCACAAUGUGUACUAACACUGCAGCACGUGUUUACUGAUACCAUGAUAAUCAAUUUUACAGUAACAUGUUAAUCGUUGCUUUUGCUUUAUAUUAUCAAAUAAACACUUUAAUCACUC